AUGUCAGAUACCUCAGGAACAGUUUUGGUCACAGGGCCGAAUGGUGGACUCGGCAUCGGAUUCGUGGCUCAGCUUCUCAGAAGCCCCUACGCAACAAGCCAUGAAACCAUCUACGCAGUCCGCGACCCCGAGAAAGCCCUCGCGCUCAAAACAGUUCUCAAAACCGCGCCCAAAGAUCACAAACACCUAGUCUUGCCACUGGACCUCACCUCCCUUGACAACAUCCGGAAAUUCGCUACUGAUAUCAACCAACGAGUGACGGCAGGGUCAUUACCGCCAAUUCAAGCACUUGUCCUCAACGCCGGCGUGAAAGAUUGCACGGGCGACAAUUUCACUAAAGACGGAUAUGAGCACACGUUUGCAGUGAACUACCUUGCAAAUUUCCUGUUGAGUCUUUUGCUACUGGAAAGCAUGGAUAAGCAAUGCGGGAGGAUUAUUUACGUGGGCUCUACGGCGGCUUUCAUUACUGGGGGCCCGAACCCUAGUCCUUUUGUUAGUGAGCAGCAGAAGAAGGCUUUCAUUACCUCGACGGAGAAUAUGGCGAAAGGCAUCGAGGAGAUUCCUGAUCCGAAGGGUGAUGCGAAUGGGGUUGGUGAGAGGAGAUAUUCGUUGAGCAAACUGCUGAUGAAUAUGUGGAUGUAUGAGUUCCAGCGCCGUCUGGACGCCGAUUCCAAACUCUCCAACAUUGCAGUUCUAGGCCUAGAUCCCGGAUGGACCGGCGGGACGGACAUCGCCCGCAACAGUCCUGCUGGUGCCAAGUUCUUCUUCAAAAACAUCCUGAAUCGCGUCGGAUAUAUAAUAUCUUUCAUCUGGUCCAAUCCCUUGAUCCGCACCCCGUCCAAGACUGGGGCUGAUUUUCUGCGUGUCUGUUUUGAUAGGAAGGCUUUUGGCGAGUACCCGAAGGCGAGAUAUAUCAAUGGCUCGGAGCUGUAUCAUACGCCCGAGGAAGCGGGGGAUGAGAAACAGCAGAAAGUGCUUUGGGAAGGGAGCUUGAAACUUGCGGGAAUCGAGGGAGAUGACACUGUCCUUGAUAAUUGGAGGUAG